AUGGAUUGUUACUCAGAAUACAAGCAUCACAUUCAUCCAAACCACCAGCAUUACGGUGGAAAUGUUGUCGCUAAUCAUCCGUAUUAUGGCGGAAAUUACGGUCCAUCAUCAAUGAGAUAUUCUCAUGCACAUUCACCUUACGGCGAGAACGGACAACAACAGAACUACUUUGAUGGAUACACGAGAUACAAUCAUGCUCAACUUCAACAUCAUCAUCACCAUCAUCACAACAGCAAUGGUGGAAACUUUCCUUCUUCCUAUAAUGGCCAUUAUGGCGCGGUGCGAGAAAAUUAUCACACACAUAAUGAAACGAAUGGGCAAUAUUACUAUCAUCAGAAUGCCCAUCAAACGUCUGCAAGUUAUUACACUAAUCAUCCAUAUGAAUCAUAUCGAAAUUCACCGACGAAUUAUCAGUAUCAUCAUCACUAUGGUAGUAGUGUAAAUGGUGGAAAUUAUGGCCAAACUGCACUUCAUCCAACACAAUAUUAUUCAUCUUCUUAUAACAAUAGUCCCACAGAGCAGUUUAACAAUCGUUAUUAUCCAACACCGCCACCAUCUGUGCCACCAUCUACACCGCAAAGAGAUCCAUAUUCAGUUGCACAUUCUGGCACGGGAACGGGCACGGGUGGAGAAGGAACAUCGCAAACAUAUGCGCCUUUGAUUGAAAAUGAAUCGAGUGAGAAGAUGAACAACGAAUCGUUAAUGUCGAAUGAAAAUGACAAGAGAUAUUUAACAGAUGUAACAAGCGCAUCAUCAUCGUCAUCAAUGUCAUCUCCACCAGCUAUCAAACAAAUAAUGGAGAGUCAGGAAAAUAUUGACGAUGACAAGAAACGAGACGAUGAACAAACUGAAUCAGUACAACUUUCUUCGAAUGACAAGACAUCAGUUAAGGAAACUUUCAAUGAAAUGGAAAACGGAAACGAGAAUGAAAAAGUGAAAGAAAAUUUAGAUAGUAACGAUAAAGAAUUAAAAGACGAAAAUCAAGAAUCUUCUUUAGUGCACUUCACUGAGAAUGGAAAUAACAGUCAAUGUAAUGAAAGUUUAACGAAAUCAAAUGUCACCAGCUCACAAGAGUCAACGACAACAACUGUUGGGUCGGAAAGUUUAAUGGCAACAGGUUGGCAUAGAAAGAGCAAGAAAAUCAAGAAGAAAGCGACUAAAAAAUAA